ACAGUACUGUAUUGGCUAAUAGAGGCACCUGGCUAACGACUUCAAAAGAAAAGUAAAAAAAAAAAAAAAGAAAAGUCCUAUGCUUUGGCUGUUGAAUGAGGGGACCGUUGAAACCUACACCGGGAAGAUACGAAAAUGUGAUCCGGAAUCCACUCACUCAUGUCCCAAAUGUAGAUUUUGGCUAAAAAUAAAAUAAUAAAAGAAAUUUAAGAAUGAUGAUGCCAGUAAUGGAUAAAAAUUGAUUAGGAGAUUUCUCGUCCCACCCAAACACCUACACUUCACUAUUUUGGGUCCUAAACCUUUGUUCUAUAAAUCAAAUCCAUACACUGUUCCAGUUGUUUGUUCAAAGUUGGAAUAAUCUUUUAUUUUAUUUUUUCUCUAUUGUUUUUUUGGGGUGGGAACUUUGACAAUCAUGGCACUGUGCACACACCAGUAUCUACUUGGUCUGUCUUCAUCGGCUGGCUCCACUAAGCUUGAGCACCAGAACCAGUCUAGAAGCCGUUUAUUCGCCACAUCAUUGCAUUUCCAUGGAAGCCGAAGAAGCUUGAAUGAUGGAGCUAGUUCGGUGGUUAGUGCUCUGCCCAUUGUUCUUGAAAAUUCAACCCCACCCAAAUCAUCCUUCAAUGAGUUGAUUGAAUCAUUGAUAAAUCGUGUGGAUUUAUCAGAGUCAGAGGCUGAAUCGUCACUGGAUUUUUUGCUGAAUGGUGCCGAUGAGACUUUGAUUAGUGCUUUUCUGGUACUACUGAGAGCCAAAGGAGAGACUUUCGAGGAAAUUGUUGGGCUUGCGAGGGCGAUGAUGAAGCAUAGUUUGGAGGUAAAGGGCUUAGAUGAUGCAGUGGACAUUGUUGGAACAGGUGGUGAUGGAGCAAACACAGUCAACAUUUCGACCGGGGCUUCAAUACUUGCUGCAGCUUGUGGUGCCAAAAUUGCAAAGCAAGGAAAUCGUUCAAGUUCUUCAGCAUGUGGAAGUGCCGAUGUAUUAGAAGAGUUGGGGGUAGUUAUUGACCUGGAGCCUAAGGGAGUUUCAAGCUGUGUCAAAGAAGCAGGCAUUGGAUUUAUGAUGGCUCCAACAUAUCAUCCAGCGAUGAAGCUUGUACGCUCUGUCAGGAAAAAACUAAAAGUAAAAACUGUAUUUAAUAUAUUGGGCCCUAUGUUGAACCCAGCAAAAGUACCUUAUGCCGUUGUGGGUGUCUACACAGAAGAUUUGGUCUUGAAGAUGGCUAAAGCAUUGCAGCGAUUUGGCAUGAAACGGGCAUUAGUUGUUCACUCAGAGGGCUUGGAUGAGAUGAGCCCCCUUGGACCUGGGUUAAUCCUUGAUGUUACACCAGAAAAGAUUGAGAAGUUCUCAUUUGAUCCAUUGGAUUAUGGGAUGCCUCGGUGUACCCUGGAUGACUUGCGAGGGGGAGGCCCAGAGUAUAACGCUGAGGCACUAAAGCGUGUAUUGUCAGGAGAGAAAAGCUCAAUUGCAGAUGCAUUUAUUUUAAAUGCAGCAGCUGCUCUCUUGGUAAGUGGCCAUGUGAACUCUUUGGCCGAAGGGAUCAUCCUGGCUCGCGAGACUCAACUAUCAGGCAAAGCGAUCAAGACACUCCAUCGGUGGAUAGAUGUUUCCAAUGUGAGUGAAAUCAUAUGCUAUGAUUUAACAGCUGUAGUUUUCUUAAAGUAACACAAUCAAUUUCAUUAUCAUGUCUUGUUCUGUUGUUGCAGAAAAUGAGAAACUAAGUAGUCAAGUGUGUAAAUGGUGCCUGAAAUCUGUUCAAGUGUCCCUUUUUUGGAGUUGAGGAAUUGAAAGAAAUCAAUUAAGGCGGCUGCUGUGGGAAUAUAUUAAGUACUCAAUAAAACUAAACCUAUGUUUUUGGUCUUUUUAUUUUCAUUGAAAUAAAUGCUUGUAAGAAACAUUAGUACAGAAUUAUUAGUUCGAUUGAAUAAAUGAUAUAUGACUGAAAGUAGUUCACUCUUUA